GAGGAACUUGGGCCUUCAUUUUUAAUGGUUAAAACAUAAUGUUACUUUUUAUAUAUAAAGAAAGUCAAGAAAGAAAAUAAGAAGAAAGUGAGAAGACAGGGCAGUGAAGAAAAAUGGAUCCCCGUAUCUGGCACAAAGUCGCUGGCUUUUCCGGUAUGGCAGCUCUUGGAUUGGGUACUUAUGGUGCUCAUGCCUUCAAGCCCAAGAACCCCACUUAUAAAGAUGUUUGGCACACUGCAUCUCUUUAUCAUCUGGUUCACACUGCAGCACUGGUGGCUGCCCCUCUCGCUACGCACCCGCACAUUUUUGGAGGUCUUCUAACUACUGGAAUUCUUGCUUUCUCUGGAACAUGUUAUGCAGUGGCUUAUCUUGAAGACAGAACAUACUCAAAGUUGGCCCCAUUUGGUGGCUUUGCAUUUAUUGCUGGUUGGGCUACCUUGCUAUUUUAAGAAUUCCCACCUUAAGGACAAUGUGGGUUAUUUUUAAUUUAGUCAAUAAACUUUCCUCUCUCGACAGUAUUGAACUAGGAAUUAACAAUUUGAUCAGAUUUAUGCACACUUGUUUACGUAAAUCUUGAGCAUCUUGUAUCAUAGCUUUCUUAAAAGUAACGUUGAUAUGAAUUUAUUCAGAUCAGAGGAGUUUCGGAGAUA